AUGUCUCUGACCGGUAUAGACCCACAAGAAAUUUCUGGUAUUUACCAAAACAUAUCUGUGAAACUAGUUAAGAAACCAUUGGCAAAUAGCCGCCUCGUCCGAGGUAAAGAGUAUCCAAUAGCAUUUGAUUUACUGGUUGAAGGUGAUGGAGAGAAGUCUUUCGUGGCGAUUAAUGACUUCUUCAGUUAUUUGGGCGAGUCUGGAGAGCUUUUGAGGCUCGUCACCAACCAUGGGUUAGUUAUUAUUCAGGGACUUGCUUCGACAAACCCUGAAACGUACUCCCAGAUUGUGAAUCAUUUAUUUCAAGCACAGAAGUAUCAAGAAUUUGAUCAAGUCGGACUUUUAGCUACGAGGGAAAAGAUAAAGGAAUCUGUAAGCUCGGUUGGAAAUGACGACGCUCUUGGCAAAAAUGUUAACAAGCUGCACUCCCACCAAGAGUUCUCAAGAUAUCUGGAAUAUCCCCACAUACUUACGUUUUUUGCUCAACAAGCUUCAAAGUUAAGUGGCGGAGAAUCAACAACGACGCACGCAACUGAGCUAUUUGAUGCGGUGAACUCAAAAUAUCCUGAGUUUAUCAAAGACUUGUACGAAAAACAAGGGAAUCAUGUUUAUCAGAAAUUUAGCUACAGAAUCUCACCGGAUUCCAAAUUUCAAAUAUCUUGGACUGAUGAGGGAGCUUUUGGUAAAUAUAUUACCCAAGAUGAGAAAGACAAAGGUGAUCUAGAGUCUAUGAAGACAAAAGCUACUAAAAUUGCUCAUGAAAGAGUCAGCAAGGACAUCGAAUUUGAUGAGAAUAAUGACUUGAUUGUCCAUCAAAGAACUAGCAUUGUUAAUCUUCACCCGAUUACAGGACUGCCUCUCAUUUUUAGUAGCUUGCCAACUUAUUACUCUGGCUACUACAACUCAAAACAGAAAGGAGAUAACCCUAAGUUGCCACCACUCACAUACGGAAAUGGAGAACCAAUUCCCGAGAAGUAUUUGGAUUUCCUACUUGAGCAGUCGGUCAAACUUGAGUACACUCACAGAUUCAAAGAUGGGGACAUCUUAUUCUUGGAUAAUUUUGCUGUUUAUCAUGGUAGGAACCCUUACACUAUUGGUGAUAGGAAAAUCUUAGCUAGCUUUUGGGAGCAUGAAUCAUUUCAAAGAAAACCAUACAGGCCCUCCAGUUGGGAAGCUUUGGUCACAGAUGUUUAA